AUGGCACAAUCGGAAUCUAAUGGAGUGUUUGUGAUGGUGGAACUCAACUACCAAGGGGUAUUUAAUCGAAAUCCUUUCUCUUACACUGGUGGUGUGAAAAUCAUGUUCAUUGAUGUCGACUUUUCUUCUAUGACUUAUUCUGAGUUUUUGACAUUCUGCGAACAUUUCAUGCAUGAAGAGUGUAAAAAGUUUUACUACUGUGAACCAGGCAAUUCCCUGAUGGAAGGGCUUACUCCACUUCAACAAUCCUUCCCCUCAAAUUGUUCAUCUCAUCUAGAUCCUCUUUAG